GCGGCGGCGGCGGCGGCGGCGCUGAGGGAGUUGCGCGGGCUCUGCCCGAUGUGGCAAGAAGCGAUCAUGAUGAGGAGGAGACGCCGCUACCUGCUGGAGCGGGCAGAGCAGGCGGGCGGCGGCUACGGGGCGAGCGCCGAGCAGUCCCGCUCCCGGGACUGGCUCUACGAGUCCUACUACUGCAUGAGCCAGCAGCACCCGCUCAUCGUCUUCUUGCUCCUCAUCGUGAUGGGCGCCUGCCUGGCCCUCCUGGCCGUCUUCUUCGCCUCCGGGCUGGAAGUUGAAGACCAUGUGGCGUUUUUAAUAACCGUUCCAACUGCCCUAGCAAUUUUUUUUGCUAUAUUUAUCCUUGUCUGCGUAGAACCUGUAUUUAAGAAGCUGCUUCGUGUAUUUUCUCUGGUGGUCUGGGUGUGUCUUGUUGCCAUGGGAUAUCUCUUUAUGUGUUUUGGAGGAAUCAUCUGUCCCUGGGACCAGGUAUCAUUUUUCUUGUUCAUUAUUUUUGUGGUGUAUACCAUGCUGCCCUUCAACAUGAGAGACGCUAUAGUUGCCAGCGUCUUGACCUCUGCAUCUCAUACGAUUGUGCUGAGCGUCUGUCUAUCAGGUACAGCUGUUGUAAAGGAACACUUGGUUUGGCAGAUAUUGGCAAAUGUAAUAAUUUUUAUCUGCGGAAACUUGGCAGGAGCGUACCACAAACACCUCAUGGAACUUGCGCUGCAGCAGACGUAUCAGGACACAUGCAACUGCAUCAAAUCCCGUAUCAAGUUAGAAUUUGAAAAGAGGCAACAGGAGCGUCUUCUACUUUCUUUACUGCCUGCUCACAUUGCCAUGGAAAUGAAAGCAGAGAUCAUUCAGAGGUUACAAGGUCCGAAGGCGGGUCAGCUGGAAAACACCAACAACUUCCACAAUUUGUAUGUCAAAAGGCACACCAACGUAAGCAUCUUGUAUGCUGAUAUUGUGGGAUUCACUCGCUUGGCCAGUGACUGCUCACCAGGGGAAUUGGUGCACAUGCUAAAUGAGCUGUUUGGCAAGUUUGAUCAGAUUGCAAAGGAAAAUGAAUGUAUGAGAAUUAAAAUCUUAGGUGACUGCUAUUACUGUGUUUCUGGACUACCUAUAUCUCUUCAAAAUCAUGCCAAGAAUUGUGUGAAAAUGGGACUGGACAUGUGUGAAGCCAUUAAGAAAGUGAGAGAUGCAACUGGAGUUGAUAUUAAUAUGCGCGUGGGAGUGCACUCCGGGAAUGUGCUGUGCGGCGUUAUUGGGCUGCAGAAGUGGCAGUACGAUGUGUGGUCACACGAUGUUACUCUGGCCAAUCACAUGGAAGCUGGAGGAGUCCCAGGCCGUGUUCACAUCACGUCAGUCACCUUGGCACAUUUGAAUGGAGCUUACAAAGUGGAAGAUGGGGAUGGAGAUGUGAGGGACCCAUAUCUGAAAGAGCAUAAUGUUAAGACCUACUUUGUAAUCAAUCCUAAGGGAGAAAAGCGAAGCCCACAGCACCACAUUCGACCUCGACACACUCUUGAUGGAGCCAAAAUGAGAGCUUCUGUCCGCAUGACCCGGUACCUGGAAUCUUGGGGAGCAGCCAAGCCAUUUGCACACUUGCACCACAGGGACAGCAUGACCACUGAAAAUGGCAAGAUAAGCACAACAGAUGUUCCCAUGGGACAGUAUCAUUUUCAGAGAUGCAGAGAGAGAACAAAAUCACAGAAAAGAAGGUUUGAGGAGGAACUGAAUGAGAGAAUGAUCCAGGCCAUUGAUGGAAUCAAUGCUCAAAAGCAAUGGCUUAAAUCUGAAGACAUUCAAAGAAUAUCACUUCUUUUCUAUAAUAAGACUCUGGAAAAAGAAUACCGAGCAACUACUCUACCUGCAUUUAAGUAUUAUGUGACUUGUGCCUGUCUCAUAUUCUUCUGCAUUUUUGUUGUACAGAUUCUGGUUUUGCCAAAAACAUCUAUUCUCGGAAUUUCAUUUGGGGCUGCAUUUCUCUUCCUUUCCUUCAUUUUGUUUGUCUGUUUUGCUGGACAGCUUUUGCAAUGUAGCAAGAAAGCAUCAACUUCAUUGUUGUGGAUCCUGAAAUCAUCUGGAAUAAUUGCAAACCGUCCUUGGCCAAGGAUCACUCUUACAUUGACAACCACUGCUAUAAUAUUAACCAUGGCUGUAUUCAACAUGUUUUUCCUGGAUAGUGCUGUGAUAGCUUUUCCCUCAGUUCUUAAUUCAUCAAAUGCAAGUUUUCCUAAUUCAAGUAAUCAUACACGGUGGUGUAUACAAAACAACUGUUUUUUCCUACCGUUGAACAUAACAAGCUGUAUAUUGCACCUCUUUGCCUGUUCUGUUUUCCUGAGGAUAAAUUAUGAGUUGAAAAUGGUAAUAAUGUUGGUUGCAUUGGUGGGCUACAAUGUUAUCCUUCUGCACACUCAUGGGCCCAUGCUGGAUGACUACAGCAAAUUUAUGUAUGCAAUGGCACCUCUUAGAAGGCCAGGAAUACUGAAAGACCUGAAGACAAUGGGCUCAAUUUCCUUGUUCAUAUUCUUUAUCACGUUACUGGUUUUGGGUAGACAGAAUGAAUAUUACUGUAGGUUAGACUUCCUGUGGAAGAACAAGUUCAAAAAAGAGCGGGAGGAGAUUGAAACCAUGGAGAACUUAAAUCGGGUGCUUCUGGAGAAUGUGCUUCCAGCCCACGUAGCUGAACACUUCUUGGCAAGAAACCUGAAGAAUGAGGAUCUAUAUCAUCAGUCAUAUGACUGCGUCUGUGUCAUGUUUGCCUCUGUUCCGGAUUUCAAGGAAUUUUACACAGAAUCUGAUGUAAAUAAGGAAGGCUUGGAGUGUCUCAGGCUUCUGAAUGAGAUCAUUGCUGACUUUGAUGAUUUAUUGUCAAAGCCAAAGUUCAGUGGAGUUGAAAAGAUAAAGACCAUUGGAAGUACUUACAUGGCAGCAACAGGACUGAGUGCUACACCCAACCAAGAACAGUGUCAGGAACCUGAACGACAGUAUAUGCACAUAGGAACCAUGGUGGAGUUCGCAUUUGCCUUGGUGGCAAAACUGGAUGUCAUAAACAAACAUUCUUUCAAUGACUUCAAGUUACGAGUAGGUAUAAACCAUGGACCUGUAAUAGCUGGAGUAAUUGGAGCUCAAAAACCACAAUAUGAUAUAUGGGGCAAUACAGUAAAUGUGGCCAGCAGGAUGGACAGCACUGGUGUCUUAGAUAAAAUACAGGUUACAGAGGAGACGAACAAUGUCCUGCAAACAUUGGGAUACAUGAGCACUUGCAGAGGAAUAAUAAAUGUAAAAGGAAAAGGAGAAUUGAAGACAUACUUUGUACAUACUGAAAUGACAAGAUCCCUUUCACAAGGGAACGUGGCAUCUUGAAGAUGCUUGUACGUGUCAUCAAUACCAUAUUUUCAGGAAAGUAUCACGCACGUUUUAACUACAUUUUGGCCCUUAACAUGCGUGCUAUUUUCUGGUAUGUGGCACUUAUUUUAAUAUGGCUGCAGAAUAGUCCCAUGAGCCAUCAUUUUGCACCUUGAUAUUCCUAUGUUCAAGGACAGUUGCGGUGUACGCUAUAGGACUGGAAGAUUGUACUGCUACUUGCACUGUUAUUCAAGACAAGAAAAGAAGGAAUAGGAGUCAAAAGGAGGUAAUGCAUCCUGAAAGGACUGAGAGAGAUGUUAGUGACAAAUGCGGGGAAAAAAGGCAAUAAAGCUAGGGGUGCAUACUAUUUUCUGAUGCAUGGUGUUUUCUGGAAAAUACAGUCGCUCCCCAAUAGCAUCCACUAAUCUGGUAUUAAAGUAUACAGUAUUUGUAAAUAAGUUUACUCUGUCCAUGAUUUGGAUGUGAUCAGUUGCAUCUCAUAGCCAGGGACACGUUGGGUGGCUUGCUGGCAUUCUUUCUGAAGAGAGAACUAACAAUGCUGGAAUAGUUUUGUACAAACGUGUCAAAUGUUUUGAAGCUAUUGUCUUUUGUAAGGUUAAUUCAUUAAAAGUUUAUAUGUAAUUUGUCUUAC